AGGGAGACAGAAGGAGCAAUGGCAGAAACCAGCCUGGGUGCUUUUGGUGCAGUGAAGACGAUCCUUCAGAGUGCAGCAGCAGGUUUUGCUUUCGGAGAAGCUGCGUUAUUUGCAGUUGACCCCGCACUGAGUGAAGAUGGCGUCCUGCUGAAUGCUGCAACUCUGGCUGCUGGACGAGCCGGUUCCACGGGUGUCGGUGUGGUGAUGGCGUGCCUCGUGUUCACCUCGCUGCUCAUCUCUCUGGGAAUCGGUUUCCUCCUCUCUGCCAUGCUGAUGAAGCUGUGGACCAAAGUCGGUGUGAUGUCGGUGCCAUGGUUAGCGGAGGCCACGACAGGAGCCUCUAUGGUAGUGGGCGCUGUCACUACUGGAGUGUUAGCGGGCGUUCUUCCACCAUGGAUAUACAUUGUAGCCCAAGGCAUUCUGGUCCUUGUAGUCUACUCCUACUCCAAUAUUAACGACAUGACCACAGCUCUGUUAAUCAUCUUCACCACGCUGUACCUCAGUGUCUUAUACGGAAGAAUGGGCGUCAUGGUUGGACUCUUCGUCAUGGGAUUGACCAUCUCUGUGCUUUGCGCCCUUCGGAAGGCUUUUACAGAGAGGAUGACACAAAGACCGAAAUCUAAAACCGGGUGCAAACUAUUGGAGAGGAUCUUUUUCUACUCAGUUUUUGUGGGGAUUCUGGGCUUUUUAGUAGGUUUGGGGGCAGGUGAAGCAGGCGAAGGGUCUGAAGCAGAGGUGGUUUUAAUGCUACAGUCUGUCCUCUGGGUGGCGUUUCUUUCUGCAGGGCUGCUCGGAGCAGGCUUGGGAACAGUGGCCAUGGUCGGGCUGGGGCCAGACGCGGCUGGGAAGGUCGCAGUGGGAGCUGCUUUAAUAUCAUCAGUUGCCCUGAGAGCCAUUCUCCAGCUGAGCUCUUCUUUAGGGACCCGAAGCAGCACGGGGGGAGCAUUAGGAGCAGCUACAGCUGCAGGGGUGUCACUCGGAGCUGCAAGCGUUGCAGCUAAAAAGUUGUUCGGGUCUAGAAAUUCAACUUUAGCAGCUUUAGGUUCAGUUGCUGUUGGUGCAGUACUGGCAGUGCAAUGUGUUGCACUGAAAGCAACACUUCUCACAACAUCAGAACUAAUAACUGUCACCCUUGUUGCAGUAGGAGCAUUUGUUCUGGGUGCACCAAAGAGCCCGUUUCAUACUCAGGUGAAUCUACAAAGAGGCCUUCUCACGGGGCCAGAGCUAAUUAAAGGAAUCGGCAUGGAGACGGUCACCGCAGCAGCAGCACCUAUCGGAGCUGGGGCACUUGGAGCUGCAGCGCUGGGUACUGCAGCUCUGGGGAGGCUGGGGACUGUGGGAGUUCUGGUGGCUAUAUUGUUGGCUUUGGGAAGUGCUCUUAGUGACAUGAUAGGAAAACCAGCAGCGACAACAAGCACACACACAGACUGAAUGAGUUCAAAUCUCUGACUGAACACAAGGCCAAACACUUGAUGAAUGCAUGUGUAUGUGAGUAUAUGUUUGUAACAAUCAAUUCCAAGGGUACCAGAACCACAUUAUAAUUCAACCAGUUGAGGUUUUACUUAAUUUAAAUUUAUUUGCAUUAAUGCCAUGAGUGCAUUAUGAAACAAUGGGCCCCACCACCUCCCCAUACACAGACUGUAUAGUUCUUUAUCCUCUUUGUUGUUGAUGUUUGUUGUUUUCUUGUGGUCCUUAUGCAACUUUUAUGUUCUUUUUUUGUUAAAAGAGCAUAAAAGGUGUUGGGUUUUUUUUGGUAAUUAUCUUCUGUCAUUUUUGUCACAGUGUGGUCAUUUUGUAGUUUUAUUUUGGCCCUUUUUUGGAGUCAUUUUACAUCUCUUUGUUUUGUAUCUCUUUGUGGUUAUUUUUUUCUCUUUGUAGACUCUUUGGUUUGUUAUUUUUAUUUCAUUGUCAUUUUGCAUCUCUUUGUGGAUAUUUUCUUUUCUUUCAUAGUCUUUAUGAGUGUCCUUUGUAGUUGUUUUAUGUUUCUUGGUUAUUCUGAAUCUCUUUGAGUGACAUUUUGUAGAUGUAGGUGAAGCCCUGUGCCCAGUCGGUCUGUUCAGUAAUUCAUCCAUGAUUAUUGCAAGUCUGAUAUAAAAGUAAGAAAGCCAUUUAAAUGAGAAGUUAUUAAAUAUUUUUUUUGAUUGUAUAAAAAGCACAUUUGCUUAUUGAAAUAAUGUGACAACAAAAGUGUCUUAAACGUGUAUUAUUGUAGCUACCAAUGUUAAAUAAAACUGAUGAUAAAUGUU